AUGCAUGGUAGAAGAUCCUUGCAUCCAAGGCUAGAAAAUCCUUUCAUUAUUUCAUUCAAAAAUAAAAAUCCGAAAGAAAAAUUAAUUUUGAUGGAUCCUGAAGGAAGUACAGGUCAAACUGAGAACAAUCCUAUGGCCAUGAAAAAUCAUUAUAUCCCUGAUUCAUUUCAAAGAGCAUCUAACAUUAGAGUCCCAUUAGCACCCACUGUUAAAUUCGAAAUAAAUCCAGGAAUUUUUCAAAUGCUCCCUAAUUUUCAUGGAUUGCCUUUAGAGGAACCUCAUCAGCACUUAGAAAAAUUUCAUAUGGUCUGUGAUUUAGUUAAUCUCCCUCAAGUUACACCGGAAAUUAUUAAGAUGAAAUUAUUCCCUCAUACACUUAGGGACAAAGCUAGUCAUUGGCUAUCCACAUUAGAUAGAGAAUUAACUAGCUGGAAAGAUAUAGAACAGGCCUUUCUUCGAAAAUUUUAUCCCUUAGGAAAAACUCAAAAUAUGAGAAAACAUAUAUGGAGUUUUUCUCAAAGACCAGGAGAAACUUUGCAUGAGACAUGGGAAAAAUUCAAGGAUUUACUUAGAAAGUGUCCUCAUCAUGCUAUACCCAAGUGGCAGCUCAAUAGAAUUUUUUAUGAUGGAUUAUUAGAACAACAUAGAAAUAUGGUUGAUUCUAUAUGUGGAGGAGCUUUUAUGGAGAAAACUCCUGAUGAGAUUUACAGUCUUUAUGAGAAUUUAAGUGAAAAUUCUAGAGAUCAAGCCUCUUUUGAAUUAUAUGACAGGGAUAAGAAGAGAAGAAUUUAUGAAUUGCAUCAUGAUGAUGAUUCUAAACUUAGAAAUGAGGUUAAUCAGAUUAAUCAAAGAUUAGAAAAAAUUGAUUUACUUAUUGACAAUAUUAGAAAGCCUUUUAACCCUCAACUUAAUUCGAAUAGUACAUGUCCUAUGUAUGGUGAAAACGAUUAUUCUGAAUUUCAAUGUUAUAAUUUAGAUCAAUCAUUUCACCCUAUGCAAGAACAAGUGCAAGUAGCUCACGGUUUUAAUAGAAACAGGGAACCUUUUUCAAAUUCUUAUAAUCCUAAUUGGAGGAAUAGUUUUUCAUGGAGAGACCCAAAUAAUAUUCAAAAUCCAGAAGCACUUAGACCCAAUUCAAACUCUGAAUUUCGUCCAAAACAAGAAAACAGAUUUCAGAAAAAUCAGUCCUCUCAAAUCCAACCUGAUGCUAUGGAAAUGAUGCAGCAAAUGAGCCAAAUGAUGCAACAAACUAUGAACCAAAUGAUGCUGCACCAGAAACAAAUUAUAGAGGCCCUUGGGAAUAAGAGAGAAGAGGGACAGCUACCUAGUCAGCCCAUAGAAAAUCCAGGGAACCGCCCAACAAUAGGAUUUCAGCAUGGGGAGUCUAGUAGCAUGAAUCUAGGAAAAAACCCACGAAAUGAAAAUGUUAGGACAGUGAAUGCAUUAAGGAGUGGUAAGAUCUUACCUGAUCCUUAUCCCCAAACAUUAGAAGAAAAAAAAAAUGCAAACACAUAUUCUUAA